CUUUCCCGACUAGUUAGAAGGGAAUGGGAAUAUUGGUUAUAUUAAAAAAAAACACAAACUUUCAGCUUUUGAGGGUGGUGUGGCUAGCUCAGGCUCAUAGUCCAGGAUGUUUGUUACAGGAAUAUGUCAAUAAACUCAAAGCAAGCACGAAGCAGCUUUUGUGUUUAUUAGAAGAAAUACAAUCCAAAACCCACGCCAAAGAUAUUAUUCCCGAUAAAACUCCCAAGCUUACAAAUCAUUUCAAAUCAGACCUGCAAGUAAUUAAUGAACAUGACAGUUGUACAAUAUACAAUCGGCUUACAAGAAAAUGUUACUGUUUAAACCACCCGGAUUAUAAUGAUUUUGUCAUACAUUUUAACGAGAACUCCAAAUACACGACCAGUAACCUUGGUGAAAUGAUAAAAAACAUCCGUAUAUUGAGGAAAUUUCUCUACAUGGGGUGUAAUUAUACGAAGAAUGCGCUGAUGUUUUUAAAUGAGGGUAUGAUGGAGUCCCCGCACAGCGAGCGCGUGGAGAUGACACAAGCGUGUGUUAACGCUGAUAUUUGCAACAUAUUCGACGAUCACUCUAUCGUCAUAGUCUGUAUAUCGUGGCCUUGUAAAAACAAACACUUCGGGGACUAUGUGACUCAGGCUUUAGCUGCAGGUUUUCUCUACAAACUUGCACAGGUAGAAGAGGGCAGAAGAUAUCUUAACUAUAGUUCAAAAAUUACGAACGAUAUAAAAAAAGUUUUGAGAAAAAAAAGUGCCUUGAUCGAGGUAAACACAGUAGAGUCCCUAAAUGCUACGCUAAACUUGCUUAAGCCAGUGUUUGUGAAAAAUGUGCCCAAAAGUCACUUCAAACAAUCGAUAUAUGAAGGUAAAGAUAAGAAGAAAUUUAUAACAAGAGCCCAAAACACUAAUAGUCUGCUGAAAUCCAUAACUAUAUAUCAAGCUGAUGUAAUACAAAAAAUUAGGCGACCUAAGAUUAUACCCGUUUAUACAGAUUUUGUCUCAAAAAUGUCGAAAAAAUAUUUUCUAGGUGUCGGUAAAAGAACUGUAUACGACUUGGUACAACAUCGAAAAUAUAUGACCUGCGAUGAAAUAUUGAUGCACUUAGAAAUGUUAGAAUCAUAUAGCGAAUACGAUGGCGGCAGACCAGAAUUGAUCUUACAUUUGCCACUUAUAUUAAUACUCUUUAAACAUUUAAUAAUUGAGUACGAUAACAGUGAAAUCAAUGUAACAAUCACAAGUAUACUCAACAAUAUAGUUUCUAAAAACAAUACUAUCCACGCACAAGAGUCUGAUAGAUCAAAUACUGACGUUUUAAUGUUAGCUGAAAGGGGUACCCAGGUAUUGUAAUUUAAUUAUAUUAGUUAGUUGGAAUUUUCUUAGAUAGGUAACGAGCUAUUUCAUUGAGUUUAAAUAUAGAAGAGGUAAGGAAGAGGUUGUCAAAAUAUUGUGUCAGUCAGAAGUUAAUUUAACGGUCGUUAAGUAGCUCUAUCUAGCUCACUGUAUAGUUACCACCUUAAUCUGUAAAUCAAACACAAAUCUCCAGUUCCGUCUUUUAGUAGUAGAUACCUAUUAGCUUUUUCCCCAUUACUGAAGUCAAGUAAUUAGGUACAUAAUUUUUUAGGUCAUCAAUAAAACGAAAAAUGAAGAAUGCCAAUUUCCUCCUAAAAAGACAAAUACAAAGAAACAUAAAAGUAAAAUUACAUUAGGUGGACCACCACCUAAUAAAUUUCGUCAACCAUCAAAAGGAAAAGGUAUAAUUCAGCAGGAAUGAAAUCUUAACUUUAUCCUUUUAAUUUUUUUUAUUUUAAAUAUAUUUUUUUUAAAUAAAUAUUUAAGACCUUACUAAUUUAUGUAAAUAGGUCCGUCAAGUAAUGUAAUUGACUCUUCAAUUGUAACAUAAAUGUCUAAAUUAAGAUUUAUUCAAGUAUUUUUUUUUAUUUGUUAUGAAAAAAAAAGAUAACAAGCAAAGAGUAUAUAAUCUACUACGUUUUACAAUGUUAGUUAAAUUAUUAGCUUAUUUUUCUUAAUCUUAAUCUUUUAUAAUUAGACGAAAAAUAAUGACAUUAAAUUUAAAAUUUGUUUUUCUACAGUUUCCAUUCGGGAGCCGUCCAAUACACAAUUACUAAAUAGAUCAAAAAAGUUUAACAAUGGUAAUACACUUUUUAUUAUAGGUAUAUACCUAUUUGUAGUACGUAAGUUGGAUGU